AUGGAAGGAAAAUAUAGAGUAGCUGCACCCGAGUUGAUGCAAGAUACAUUCAUGAGCGAUUCAGAAGACGAAGGAGGUGAAGUGGAGUGUCCAAUACAACAGCAGCAACAAUACCGCUACAUGAACAGCGAAGCGGGAACCUUGAACCGGGCGAAGCCGCUCGAAGAUAGUGUUACAGAUGGACACCUCUGGCCAAGCAACAAUGACAGCAGGGUUGCUACCAUUGAACGACAGCCCCUUGAUAUCGGUUUCUUGGUGUCAUUCGUGGUUGAUGCUCGGGGCGGCGCCAUGAAAGCGAAGCGACGUGGUGGUGUCAGAAUUAUCGUCCCACCAGCGGCCUGUGCAGCACCCACCAGAGUUACAUGCAGAGCAGCGACACGGCGAGCACCAGCGGCGGCUCCCCCACCACUUAUGGAAGGCGAAGCUUUAGCCUCCAGACUUCUAGAACUGCAGCCACAAGGAGCUAAAUUUUUAGCGCCCGUUAUACUCGAAGUCCCAAUAUUCACGGCAUCCUGUCCCGAACGAGAAAUUGUAAUCCUUCGCUCAGACACGGGAGAAACAUGGCAGGACCACUACUUGCAUAACAACGACAAUGCUAUGGUGCAGGAGGCAUUGACAAGGGAGAGACAAGAGCAUGGCAACAGUGGAGAGACAUUAGGAGAGAACGGAGAGAGAGUGACACGUAUCAUCACUUGUGACUUCCCUCACUACUUGGCUGUGGUCUCCAGGGUCAGGCAAGAGGUUCAUAUCAUUGGACCUGAGGGAGGCACUGUCUCCUCUGCGCAUAUACCCCAGGUCCAAGCGCUAUUCCCCCACAAGCGCUCACAAAGCGUAUACGCGUCGGCCUCCAAGCGCACGGAGCGAACAGUGCCAGGUGAAAAACCAUCUACAGCAAAUCUUCGACUCCUAUGCUCCAUAAUGGGUGGGCAGGCAAGAGCCGUGUGGGAAGACGUUACCGGAUCUACUCCGCUUACCAUCACAGAUGACUGCGCUUCCUUUACUACAACUGUAUCUGCCAGAUUCUGGCUCAUGAAUUGUCAAAAUGUCAGCGACGCUACAAAGAUGGCUACAGAACUUUACAGACAAAUGUUGGUGGUGCCAUUUGAAGUACGCAUCGUGGUCUUGGGCAAACGUUUGGAUGCGCUUGAGGGACGCUUGCUGGUUCUAUACAUUACCGAUAGAUACGCCUAUGAAACACUUUUGCAACAGGAGCAUUACACAGAGAUAGCCCACUCGACGUCCGUCCGAUUCUUGGAUGGUAAAGAAGUAUUUCUGGAAUUUUCUGGCAACCUCAUUCCAGUUACGAAAUCCGGCAGCCAACCAUUAUUUACCUUUGAGGCAUUCAAAGACAAUCGUGUAGAAUUCACUGUACGCGUGAAGCAUCACGAAGAAAGCCCCUCUGGCAGAAUUUACUUCAUGAACGAGCCUAAAGUGGCAAAAGGAGAACAGUCACAGACACCAGCGUGCGUACUUGACGUGGAACUACCCGAACGUAUUGCGCCGCGUGCCGCUAAGAGUCAGAUGGACUAUUUGAACCUUGAUCAAUCAGGUUUUGAUGCAUUAAAAGACGAACUGAGCUUCCACUGGAAUGACCACAACCACAGCAUUGGACCACCAUCUCUUCCUACUCAUCAUGAAACUUCUCCAAAACUCAACGGACACGACAAAACCAUUGCAAAUGGUAAUGUGAAAUUGCCUUCCAAGGAUACUGAUGAUGUGAAGCCUAAACCACAAGUCAACGGUGAUUCAGUACAUGUUGACUCCAACAAGGUUAAAGCAACAUUUGAUUCUGACGAAGAUAAGACACCUAUGAACACGCUGGAGAAAGGUAAAAAGAAACAAGAUGGUGGUUUCUUUGGUGGCCUGGCUGGCAAAGUGAAGAACGUGUUUGGAGGUAGUGAAGAAAAAGAAGAUAGUAAAGAAUCUUCGCCUAAGCCGCAGCCUAAGCCUCGCGAGUCUAAAGACAAAUCGCCGCCAAAACCCGCACCAAGAAUUAUAAACGAGGACCUGUUAGAAAAAGUUGAUGAUAUGUUCAAAGAUCUUAAAGUAAAACCACAUGUAAAGAUAGAUGACGAUGCGAACAAUCGAGUGUACUUGACAAAAUUAAUUGUUGAUGAAGAUCAACCAAGCCUCAAGGAAAAAACUGAAGAUAUGUACCAUCAGUAUGAGCAUAUGCAACCUGUGGAGACGCCAUUGCACUGUCAAAAAUCUGAUCCAUUCCAAUUCUACACUGGUUGCUGCGAGGGUACGUACAAGCAUGGGGAAAAACAUCGCCAUGAUGAAACCCCAAAUUUAGCAGACAGGAUAGAACAAGUUAACUUUACCGUUCACGAAACUAUUCAAGAAAUAGCAGAUCGGGCUGAUAAUGAAUCUAAAGAUGUUUUAGAUAAACUUGACACAGAAAAAGAUAACUUAAGGAAUGAUGCAUCACAAAUUAGUGAAAAUGCUAAGAAAAAUAUUCAAAACUAUAAAAAUGAUCUUGUAAUUGUUGAAGAAACUUUAAAGAACAAUGUUCAGAAUGGAGUUAACCAAUUAGGAAAUUCCCUUUCAGGAAAAGUUGAUUAUAUUUCAGAAGAAUCUCUAAAAACAAAAUCUGAUUUCGAUAACUUAAACACUGAAGUAAGAACUAAAGCAAAGGCUGAGGUUGAAAAUAUUCAGACAGCAGCUCAAGAUAUUGUUAAUAACAUUCUAAAUCAAGCAAGCCCUGCAAAAUCUGAUCACAAAACUUUUGUAAUGGAUUUCUUAGCUGCCGAACAACUAGAAGCAUCUAAACACCUAGAAGAUAUCAAUCAGAAAAAGCACGAUAAUGAAAUUUCUCUCAAAGAUAAAGCACAAGAAAGCGUAAAUAAAAUAAAAGAAACGGCACAUGAUGUUAAGAAUGACAUAAGCCAAAAAACUGAAGAUCUGAAAAAUAAUAUUAAAGACAAAGCCGAAAGUGCUAAAGAUGCUACAAAAGAAAAUAUAACCGACUUAAAAGAAAAUAUGGAUAAAAAGACAAAUAGCUUUAAAAAAGGAACUAAAAACAAGAUUGAAGAUAUUAAAAAUGCUACCAACGAGAAAUUAAGUGACUUAGGGGAUACGAUUGAUUCGGCUAAAGAUAAGACUGAAAAAGGCGCCGAAAUCGUGAAAAGUAAGGCUAAGGAAGCCAAAGAAAACGCCAAAGCCGAAGGUAAGAAAAAAUCAAAAGAGGGAAAGAAUUUCUUUACUGGUCUCGUCCAUAACAUCUUUGGUGAAAAAGAUAAAGUUGAAGAAGAUGUGAAAGCAAAGGUUUCCGAAGCUAAAAAAUCUGCUACUAAGUUAUCGAAACAAGCUUCUCAGAUGAAAGAAGACGCUGAGGAGACAGUGGCCAAGAAACAAGAACAGUGUACAGAUUUUCUUAACAAUGAAACUCAAAUUAUUAAUAGUCGUCAAGUAGAGAUAAUAAACAAUGGUAAUGACUUGAUUGAAAAGAUCGAAAAUAAAACUGAGGAACUCAAGGAUAUAGUUCAAGAUACAAAAAGUGCCGUAGCUGUAACUGUACAGGAGGUUGUAAACGAUGCUACAAAUUCUAAAGAUAAAAUGGUUCAAGAUGCGAAAAAUCAGAUGACACCAUUGUUAGAUAAUGUUGAAGAAAAGAAGAACGAAGUCAGUCAAGAAUUAGAAAACGUUAAGAAUAACGCAAUACACUGUGUACAAGAAACUGCAAACAAUGCUAUUAAGGAAAUUGAAAGCAAAAAAGAACAAGUUACCAAAAAUGCUCAUAACCAAGCUGAGGAAUUAAUUAAAAAUGUUCAAGGCCAAGCUGAAGAAAAAGCUGUAAAAAUUAAGGAAACACAAGAAAAAGUAGUCCACUUUGUAGAGGAUAAAACUAGUGAUAUGUUGGAUGUAAUUCAACUGAAAAAAGAGGAUCUCACGCUAAGCGAAAAUAAUCUAAUAGAAAAUAUUCAAAGUACAAAAAAUAAUUUAUUACAGAAUACAGAAGAAGCAACAGAUCAUGCAAUGAAAGAUUUGCAUAACACAACUAGUCAAAUUGUUCAAAAUAUAAACGAGGAAAGAGAAAAGGCUAUAAAUAACGCACAAUCAAAAAGUGAUGAGAUAGUUAAGAGCGUAAAAAUUAAAGAAGAUGAAUUCACAACGGCUAUCCAAGAUAAAACACAUGCAGCCACGGAAGCCCUUACUAAUACUAAGGCAGUGGUAGAACAGGUAGUUCAAAAAAAGAAAGGUGAUUUACGAGACACCGAGGCCUUUGUACAAAACGCGGCAACCGAGCAUAUGGAUAGGAUACGUAAAGAGGCGGAAAAUACAACAGAGGAUAUUAAACGAACAGCUGAAGAAACGUUAAAUGCGGUUACAAACAAAAAAUCGGAAAUUGAAGCUAAUUUUAUCAAUGAAGUUACUGAAAUAAAAGAUUCUGGCAAAAGCCACAUAGAUGAAGUUAAGCAAACAGCACAUUCUAAGGCAGAUGAAGUGAAAGAAUCAGCGGAACAAGCGUUCGAUUACGUUAAAGACUCGUCCUUGGGCGCUUUCGAUAUGAUCGAAGCCGCAGCAAAGGACAAAGUAACCGACGCCACAGACACAUGGGAAGAUCUUCAGAGCAGCACGCGGGAUACGUAUGCAGAUAUAAAGGACGAUUUCCAUGGAUUAGAAAGUUCCGCACAAGACACGUUACACAGUUUGCAAAGCUCAGCUGGAAACACGUUUGACAGUUUGGAUGAUUCCACUCGGGAAGUUAUUGGCGACGUACAAAUAUCCGCUCGAAAAGCUGAAGAGACUUCUAAAGAGCUAUUCGGGUCUGCUAAAGAUUCUUUUGAAGGUUUUACUGUCACGGCGGGUAAUAAAUUAGAGGAUGCUACAGGUGCGGCGAAUGAUAGAAUAGAUGAGGCUGGACAAAGGCUAGACAAGGCUGAAAAUAUAGUUGUGGAAGAGGUCAAAGCUACUGGGGCUAAUGUAGCAGAGAGUGUGACUUCGGAAGCGGAUAAAUUCGCGAGUAAUCUUAAUGACUUGGGCAACUCCGUCUUUGGAAUGUCUGGUAAAGGUUUCAUGAAAGAUUCAAGUAAAAAAUUACUUGCUUCGGAAAAAUCACAGUCUUCGCCACACAAAAAGACCUCAGGGUUUUUCUCAAAACUGCGUCGCAACCACUGA